CGCUUCUUCCCCCUUCUUCUUCUCAGUUUAGACCGAUCACUAGGUUCACCGACGAGCAGAAGCGCCGCCGCCGCCGUGAUCAGAUCAAAGGAACAUCUCAAAUCGCAAUACUUAGGCAUAGAACUCUCCGAUGAUGCUGCAUCUCCGGAGAAUCUCGCCCAUUGGUCGCCGGAACGCUAGUCUUUGGGACGGGGUUAGGGCUUUCUCGUCGACCGACCAGUCUUCCAUCAAGAGCUCCGUCAGUUCGGCCCUCGAUUUGCUCUCUCUGAAACCAGGUAGGACAUUGAUACACAACUGUGGAGAUGGUGAUGAGGGAAAAGCUGUAAUACAAUUGGCCAAGGAGCGAAAACUUCAGACUAUUACAAUAAUUGAAGACAAACCGGGCAACCCUGAAACAAUUGAAGAGUUGAAGGCCCUUGGUGGGGAUAUAGUUGUUCCUGAAAGUUACACAAAGACAUGGUAUAUGAAGAGGUUGGUGAAUGAACUUACACCUGCAGCUGGUAUAAAUUUAGGCGAAGGUUAUCAGGUGACGGCGGUCGGCAAAGCCGUGGCCGAUGGCGGAACCUUCAUUUCAUUAGGUAAGAAACUCCCCACUCACGUUGUUUACGAUGGCGAAAACCGUAAAUCCAUUCGAUGGGACGAGUUUGCGAAGGGGAAGAAGCUCAAAAUUGUCAACAUGUAAAAUGUCUUUCUACUUCUAUUUUGCCUUGUUGAACUAUUUUUUCUUUAUUGCUGCUUCAGCUUGUGCUACUGUGUGAAUAAGGGCAAAAAUAUGGAGGAUAAGGUAAAGUUUGCGAACUGAUUUCCAUAUUUACAAAAAUGUAUGAAGGGUGAAUAUGUAAACCAUGUCUUAUGCAAUUUAAUUGUUUUUGGUUGUGUUUUA